GUCAACAGACAAGUAAUACGACACAGAUCAAGAUGUCCAAGAGUGUAGCGUUGUUGUUGUUGUGCGCGUGCUUGGCGAGCGGUAGACACGUGCCGACACGUGCGCGGAGACAAGCCGGCAGCUUCACAGUGAACUCGGAUGGAACCUCCGGGGCCGCCCUGAAGGUCCCUCUCACCGGCAACGACAAGAACGUACUCAGCGCCAUCGGGUCCGCCGACUUCAACGACCGCCACAAGCUCAGCGCCGCCUCCGCAGGGCUCGCUCUGGACAACGUAAACGGGCACGGGCUGAGCCUGACCGGGACCCGCAUUCCCGGCUUCGGGGAGCAGCUCGGCGUCGCAGGCAAGGUCAACUUGUUCCACAAUAACAACCACGACCUGAGCGCCAAGGCGUUCGCGAUCAGGAACUCGCCCAGCGCCAUCCCCAAUGCGCCCAACUUCAACACGCUGGGCGGCGGACUGGACUACAUGUUCAAACAGAAGGUGGGCGCAUCGCUGAGCGCGGCGCACUCUGACGUCAUCAACCGGAAUGACUACUCGGCCGGCGGUAAGCUGAACCUGUUCCAAUCUCCGUCCAGCUCGCUCGACUUCAACGCCGGCUUCAAGAAGUUCGAUACGCCUUUUUACAGAUCUUCGUGGGAGCCCAAUGUAGGAUUCUCCUUCUCGAAAUUCUUCUAAAUAAUCUUGAUAAUUGGAAAUCAUCAGUAUUUCGUAAAUAUAUUUAAUAAGCUAUAAGUAUCAACAAAUGUAUUCGAGUGUUUCAGGCAUUUUAAACAGCUCCUUCAUGACUUAAAUGAAUUUCUAGUAUUAGUUUAAUAUCAU